UAAUUAUAAAGCUGCAUGUAUAUAGCUAGUGAAUAGUUCAUAUCUUACAUUUUUAUACAUAUUAUAUGUUCAACUGAUAGAGCUAUGGCUCAACGUCAUGUUUCAUUGGAAGGAUUUGAAGGAAAUGUUAAAGUUGAUAAGUCAAGUAAAGGAGUAAUCUACGCUGACUUUAAGAUCUCUAAGAACGGCAGCUACAAAGUGCACCUGGACAAGGGGACCACACUUUAUUUCACUGUGGAUAUAAACCCGUGUAGCAAGUGUCAACAUAAACUAGAUCUGACCAAUCAGAUUGCAUCACCAGUGGAGGGAGGUACGAGUCAGUUCACUGGAUUCCCCCGACCGUCCUAUGACAUGGAGAGCCCAUCAUCUGGGCCACACAUCCAAACAACUGAUGCGAUUGUCAAGAGAGGCUUUGAAGAAUCAGAGGAGGUGAACCCAGAGAGAGCACAGUUGGUCUGCUCGGACAGUUUAAAGACAAGGAGGCGAUAACUGACUCAAUAUAAUUAUAGCCAAUCGUUUUUACUCUAUUAAUUCACACUGUAUAUAGCUAUAGCUACAAGUUGUUGAACGAUUGAGUGCAUGUGUAUAUGAUGCGUGUUGUUUGUGUAUAUAUAUACAUGUAUAACCAAAAUGUAUACUUCAACAUC